UGAAUGGGAAAUACUUUGUAGUCAAUGCCAUUGGUAUCUGUAGAGUGAAAUAUCAGGAAGAUGAGGUACCUUUACACCUGGUAGGAUUUUACCCAAUGGAUGCCAAAGUUUCAUGUUCAUUGGAAUGCUUUUCAAAAAAUGAUGUGGUGAAAAUAUCUGGAAAAUUUGUAAUUAAAAAAAAUGAAGAUGAUGAACAGGUCAUAAAGUCAAUGAAUGCCACAACCAUGGAUCCUCAUCCUCCAAACAUUACAGAGUUACUACACACUAUCAAAAUAAAUUCCAGUGAAUACAUUGAAUCUAUGAUAUCAAUGAAUUUUACAAUGUGCCAUUUAAACAUUGACCAGCAUCUCCAAAAAACAACCUCUAUGAUCAAAAGGGGAAGUAUGUUGUUUGCCACAGGAAAUCUGGAGAUCCAAGACAUGUGUUUGAUGAUUCGGAUCACAUAUGUAAAUUUUGUUGAGGCAAAAUCACCAUCAUCUGUUCUGAGCUCACCAAAGCUGGCAGAAAUUGCAGUUAACACUACCAAAGAGGUUGAACAAGAUCAUUCUGGUUUGGCAGCUGGUGCUGAUGAUGAACCUAACAUUGUGGAAUAA